AUGGUAGAUACUAUAGUUGAUGAGAAACCUUUGACAGCAAAAGAUUCGAGGGCAUUCAUAGACAAUUCCGAGCAUGGUGGUGCUGACAACGAUUGUGACGCGAAGAAUGAUAAACUCAGGGUUGCAAUCUUAAGGGCUAGACGGCUUAUUCAUGAGCUCAGUAGCCACGUCAUGAGAAGUCCCAUGGAGGAGACUAAAUUUCCACUAGCAAAUAAGCAUUCCGAAGUUACCUGCUACGACCACAAUUCUCAUUUAAAUGAGACAACACAGUUCAAGGACCGUCUACCCACAAAAGAAGACAUCCUCAAUGUGUCAACCCCGGAGAGAGCAGCUAUUUUUCCAGAAUCAAUUGGAAUAUCUGGUCACGAUAUAAUAUCCGAUAAAGAUGUUCUGAUAACAGUAAGCUCAUUGGUAAAUGCUCUUGACGAUUCACUGAGGCAAAUUCAACAAUUAAAGUUCAAAAACAUGCUAAUUGAGUCCAACAGUAACAAUAUUCAAUCUACUUUUGAAGUUGAGGAAAACUUGAGAAAACAGCAGUUUGAACGAAUGAAAUGUCAAUUAUUACUGGAUAAACAGGAGCUAAUAGAGACACUUCAUUUCAAAGAGGGUAAAAUUGCCAAAUAUAAAAACCGAAUUGUUGAAAAAAACAGAUUGAUAAACAAACUAAUGAGAACCUUAAAUGAAAAUUCAAUACAUGACAAUUUAAAAUUUGGCGAUUUUGAGUCGUCUAGAAAAAGUUCGAUGUCAAGCGCGAAUAGAUCUAUUUCAAAGGAUAAAACAUAUGAUAUGCUAAAAACUUUAGGUCUCCUAGCGUCUCAGGUGUUAAAUGAUGAAAUUGACGAAGAUUCCAAUCAAACCAUACAGCAACCGUCCGAAAUAACUGGAGGUGAUUGCAACGCAACAGAGAUAGAUAUUACAAGCAAUUCGAUAUCAAGAGUUGAGAAAGACAUUCAGCUCCCAACCAUCGAGUUUUUAGCCGAUUCUAAAUCUGUCUCAGGAACUCCGAUCGAAAAAUCGGUCCUCAAUGAUUCAUCAUCUCCACACAUCGAGUUGCCCAAAAUGAAAAACUUCAGUACAGUAGAUGGGACGGUAAAAGAUAUAAAUUAA